AUGCUGAAACUCUCUAACAUGGUACAGCUAGCCGACUGGGAAAUCGACAUCACUGCGAUUCGAGCCCAAGGAGCGGGUGGGCAAAACGUCAACAAAGUAUCCAGUGCUAUUCAUUUACGCUUUGACAUCAAUAAUUCCAGCCUACCGCCCUUCUACAAGCAACGCUUGCUCCAGCUAACCGAUCAUAGAAUCACAAAAGAAGGCGUGAUUGUUAUUAAGGCACAAGAAUUUCGCACCCAAGAGAAAAACAAAGCGGCUGCUUUAGAGCGUCUACAAACAUUAAUAAAAGAGGCCACUAGCCCU